AUGUCAAAUAGCGAUAUUUGCCGAGAAAUGGCAAGCACAAGUCGUGUUGGUGGUGAAUUGGAGCAAUUGAAAGAUGAUAUCGAACAGAUACAGCUGGUUUUAGGAGCAAACGAUGAUCACAUUGGUACAGGUAGUUUGCUAAGAUCUCCACCAAGUUCAAAAGACGGUGUUCAGAUUGCAGUGGGAUCACCGCAGGGCAAUGCAGUAUAUAAUGUUGAAGCUGACUAUGACAAGGAUUUACAGGAUUCCUCGCCACUGCUGUGCUUGCAGCAAAACAUGGAAUACCAGAGAGCUAUUGAAGAAGAAAUCAAGAAAUUACACUUCAUGAUUGCAACCAAUAAUAAGAGACAGAAUGAAAUCAAUCAAGAGUUAAAUGGUGAUAAAUCCUCAUCUUUACAAAGCAAGUCAACGUUUAAAAGUUUUUUUAAUAGAUAUUUCCAGGAAGGCACUUGUAAAGAAGGCACCUAUACAGUACCACCUAUGAACAAAGAAACCAAGUUGAGACAGAAACUUGGUUAUCAAAGUGCACAUGUUGGUAAACCUAGGAAAUGGCAACCACGAGAGAAGACUAUUCUUCACAAAGCGGUUUCUAGUGAACAAAAAAAGCGGCUCAUGCAGCCAUUGAUCAAUAAACAGGAAGUUUUAGAACGGAAGCUCACUUCACCACUUGAACUAGAAGAGGUGACAGAGUUGAAGAAAGAUAUAAACAAUCUGAAGCUACAGAUCAACGCUAUCAGAACAAAAUCUGACCGUGAGUUACUCUCAGAGCCGUUCGAUGAUGGAAUGGAUUGGCAAAAAAUAUCAUGUGUUGAUUUUGAUGGUGACAGAACUGCUAUGCAGUGUAUGCUUGCUUGGAAACACAUGUUCCAUCCAUCAAUCAACAACAGCAAGGCAUGGACUAACAAAGAGGAUGAGCAGUUAUUAGAAAUAAUAGAACAGCAUGAUGCUAAAGACUGGGAUGCCAUAGCCGAAGAACUUGACAAUGGGCGUGUGGGGUGGCAGUGUAUACAAAGAUAUCAACAACAUCUCAAUAAAGAUCAUGUCAGUAAAAAAUUCACCCCGGAAGAGGACAAACUGAUUGUGGAAAUCAUUGAAAAAUUACGAGUGGGAAACAUGAUUCCAUUCACCAAAGUUGCUUAUUUUCUUGAAGGCCAGUCUAGUCGGAAAAUACUAACAAGAUGGCACAAUAAACUCAACCCUGAUUUGAAAAGAGGUAGAUUUACUGAAUUGGAAGAUCAGCUUUUAAUAGCAGGAGUGAAUCAGCAAGGUCAAAACUGGGUUAAUAUAUCUAAAACCAUUCCAGGAAGAACACCUACCCAGGUCAGAGAUAGGUGGAUAAAUUGUAUCAAUCCUGAGUUAAAGAAAGGUACAUGGAGCCAAUCUGAAGACAUUAAACUAAUGGGACUGGUCAGAAAAUAUGGUGCUGGUUGCUGGGCGAAGAUAUCUUCAGAGAUUGGAGGCAGGAGACCCAAUUCUGUGUUGUGGAGAUACAAAAAACUUACAAAUACCUAUAAGCGUAGCAAGAAACAAAGAAAGGAAAGGAAAGUAAAACCUUCAAAACCUAAAUUGGUAAUUAAUCACAGAAUUCUGAAGAUGAUUGCCCAGCACAAGAGAGUAGCAAUUCAGACAGUGCUGGUAGAACUUGUACAGCAACAUCACCAGGUCCACCAGGAAAACCAGUGUAAUCUGUCAACAAUUGAUAAACUCAAUGCCUUGCCAGAUGACUGUUCAUUAGAGCAGAUACUAUCUGCACUGACAGAAAAUACAGAAGAUACCUCGUCUCCAUCAAAGCUGGAAAAGAAGGAAACGCGUGGAAGGAAACGACAGGCGGAAUCUGAAAAGAUUCUGGAUCAAUCAAUCCAAGAUGCGAUAGAGAAUAACAGUAUAAAAGUACCAAAGAAACGAGGGCGACCUUUUAAAUACAAAGUUGUAGAAGACAAGCGUAGAUUAUCAAAUCCUGGCAAUCAGUCGGCGUUGUUUCCUAUUUUACUCAAAUCAAUGGACAUUGAUGUAAAACAAGUGAUGCCACUUAUUAGUGAGGCUAGAAGACAGAAUAUUGGAAUAAAUUCACUGCCAGAGUCAACCCAAGCAAAGAAGAUUAUUCUCAAACCUUUGAACAUUGCCGCGCUCUCUUCAGCAUCAGACGUCGCUUAUAAACGACAAUCUCACAAGCCGAUGGCGUUGCCUUCUCAAUCUGCCAUAGCUGUACCAGUGAUUGUCGGGCAAAUAAUGAACAUUGAUAGUUCUCAAAAAGGAACGUCCUCCACAGUGACGAUAACCAAUAACCAUACUGGAAAUGUAUUACAAGCACCUGCAGUCAGUGAGACAGCAACACCUGUAACUGCAGCACCUGUAACUGCAGCAGUGAAUACUAUGGCUAUAGCGGUGCCUGUAGCAAAUAAACCCUCUUUGAGUGCAGCCUCUGCAAACAAGACAGGACCAUCUCAAGGAGUUCCAUCUACAAACCUGACAGUUCAGCCAGCUCCAAUAUUAGUGAGUGUGCCACACGCAAAUCUGGUGGGACCAGUGAAUCAACUAGCAGCGGUUUCCACAAGUAAAUUGUCAUCAGUGACUGGUACGAUAUUGUCGCCGUCUGUUUCUCCCAAGUGUGUCAUGCCUUCUGUAGGGGUGGUGCCUCGAGUUACCCCUGCUCAGACAAUAGGAAGUCCAUCUGAGAGACUAAAUUCAUCUCCAGUUACACAAAAAACUACAGCUAGCACUGCAGCAAUCGUAUCAUCAGUCGCAGGUCUCACUAAUCCAACAACUGUAGUCACAGUUACCACACCAACAAAUGCAUCUGCAGCUUCAGUCAUGCAAACAACCACAGAACCUGCCGCUACAGCAACGCCUGUGGAAUCUAUUGUGCAAACUUUAAAAUCUUCGACACACAGUAAAAAAAAGGCUCUGUCUACUUGCAAGAAAAGCUCUUCUGAUGCUGAACCCGAACCCGAACCAAGGCAGUAUAAUUGCCUUUACCCAGGUCAUGUGACUGUAGCAGAAUUAUUGGAGCGUAAGAGAGGAACUCCCAAUGAAGACAGUUAUGUGCCGCCGAGUUUGCGCGAGAAUAAAACUAACAUUCCCCAUAAACAUCAAGUAUUCUCAAAAGAUAGGAUUCCUGUCAUAAAGCCCAACAAACCGAUCCAUUUAAACAGCUUGCCAUCAGGAUGUACAGUUUUCAAGUUAAACACCCGGGGAGAUUUCCAAACCGUCGGUCAAGUCAGCAAUCCUAAAAGUUCACAUGUUGUUCAAGGCAGUUCACCAGUUCGAAUCACACCUUCUCCUGCUCCUGCUGCAAAGAAACGUACACCAAGAACAAACUUUGAUUUGCCGAUUCUUCCGCCCUCUACUGCCACUCUGACCGGUUUUCAAAUAUUGCUGGAGAAGAAAAAACAAUUAAAGGCGAUGUCUGAUAUUGUCAAGCAGACACCUGUAAAGAAGUCGAACGAGAACCUUGUUACUUUGCCUGGUCAAUCAACUCUGGCAUUUGAAGGGUACUCAUCUAUAAAUGAUUCAACCGGAACAAAGAAUACAAAUUUAGAUGAACAUAGAAAUUUAGAUUCCCAGGGAAAGAGGAGUACAAGUUCAGUUGAUGGAAGGAAUUUUGAUUUGCAUGGAGCAGCAAAUAAUGGUUCAACUGAACAGAAUAAUACGGAAUUACAGAAAGCAGCGAAUUCAAGUUCAGCUGAAGAUAGUAAUACAAUAUCACACAAAGCAACGAAUACAAAUUCAGUUGAACAGGGUAAUUCGGAAUCGCAUCUAGCAGCAGCUGAACAAAGAAAUUCGAACUCUGAUGCACUCGACAAGAUUCGAGAGAGCGAGUCGUAUAAACUGUUAAGGGCACGAUUCACAUCGUUAUUUUCUUGGCCUAUGUUGAUGUCGCAAACAAAACUUGAUCCAGGAAAAUAGUCGAGACAAUUAAUUAUUCAGGGGAAAGAAAUAAUUAGA